GGAUUGAAUUUUUGUUAAGCAAACUCAGCUCAGCCCAAAAAUAGUCUAAGUGUAUAAUGGAUUGAUAAAAGUAUUUGGAGAAAAAAUGGUUAUAAAAUUGUUACAAAAUUUGCCUAUCUAAUCAUUUAUAGCCAAUAGGAUCAGCCAGACAUGUGGCAACCCUGCAAAACAAACGUCACCCCCUACCCACACACACUUACAAGCGCGUCCGAGGAAAACAAUAACAAACAAGAAACCUAAACCAAAAAUUCAAAAUUUCGUCAUCAUCCUCUUGAGUUUGGGCCUUGAAAAUGGCGAACAAUACAACGAAGACCCUUUUCCAGGCGAUUCAGGCCGAAUACGGCCUGCCCACCGCCAGCGAUUCGUCCAAAUUAAGCAGUACAGGUGGCACGCCCCCUCAAACGACGCCCAGAUUCGUGAUUCCGCAGCUGAAAAUUCCACAACUGCAGUUGCAGCCGUCCACGGAUUCAGCUGCCCAGCAGAAGUCUCGUCAAGCCGCCGAGGCCCACAACCAGAUGCUUCUCAACGAGAUUCAGCUGAGGCGACGCCAGAAAUCCGAGAGCGAAAACAAGGUGCAAUCAUCAGGCUUUGUGAUACCCCAACUGGGUUCCACGCCCGCGGAGCCCCUGAAUAUACCCCUGUUAUCUAGAUUAGAGCGCGGUGUAGAUCGGCUGCAUAUACGAGACGACGGUGGCGAUGGAGCCACCACAAGGCCAGCGGCAGCAGAAGCACCUUCACCACUCAUUGACCUCUCUUCGACCAUAAUUGCGGCGAAUAAGAAUGCGCCGCCCAAGGAAUCGGCGAGCAAGUCGCGCCAACAGACGAACCAGGAGAACUUUGAAAUACCCUUCAUUGCCUGCGAUCGGGGAAGGAAGAGCAUUCCCACGGGAGGACUCCUGGCCAGCCGAAGGUCACUGCACGAGGAGGAGGAUCAACCAGAUGACCAAACACCCGCCAAUACCGAUUUCCCAGAGCAUCCCGGGCCGAUUGGCCAAAUGCUCGACGCAGUGGUGGGCUACCCCGAGCCGAGGAAACCCCAAUUGGAGUACUCAGUCUCGCGGCUGGAACGACAGCAUCUGAGGAUGUGCCAACGCGAGGAUUACGGCGUUCAAGUCAAGAGGUUCCGCUUCGAUACUCCCUCACCAGACGAGCUCGUCAAGCAGGCUCUGCAAAAGUCCUGGCGCGUCUCGCGCACCUGAUUGGCAUACUUUAAUUGACAAUUACCGAAAAGUGAAACAAUAAACCCAAAAAGUUAAAAGGCA